AUGAACCACACGUGUAUCAUUGCUUCCUCCAAAGCCAAAUCUUAUGAGAGUGAAGUUUUCUACGCGGAUUCGAUUAUGCGAUCGAGGUUUGUGCACAGCUAUGAAAUUAGUGACAAAGUUCUUGUUAACACGCUGAAGAUUGUUUGUUGUAUUGUCUCGAUGCCCACUCGCCAACAUGAAGUUUCCUUUCAAGACGGGAUCAGCUUCACCGCAGCUCCGAUGUUUUACAUAAGUAGAGUACCAUCUCUAUUCAGCCGCCAUGUAUUGCUUCCAAACAUGAAGAAGCUUGCUUGGAUUCGCCAACCUGAAAAGAAAGACAUCAAGGAAAGGAUUGUGGUCCACGCAACUCCACACAAAACCGAAGGAAAUAUCUUGAUUUGA